GAGAGCGCGGAGCUGCCGCCGCCGCCCCGGAGCCGUAGCAGCUCACCGGCGUGGGCGGCAGCCGUACCCCCGUCCGCCCAGCAGCGGGAGCGCCCCGGCCACCGCCGCCCGCCCCUGGCCGCCCGGGCGGCCAGCGGAGCCGGCCAUGGAGUUCUCCCUGAGGCUGCUCCUGGCGUCCUACCUCUCCCUGGGGGCGGCCGGCGAGUUUGACAGAAGGUGGCCCAGACACAUGGUCUCCUCUGCAGGACUCUGUCGGUUUGGAAGCAGAAUUGACUGCUGCUGGGGCUGGGCCCGAGUGUCCUGGGGACAAUGCCAGCCGUUCUACGUCUUAAGGCAGAGAAUAGCCAGCCUAAGGUGCCAGCCCAAAGCUAUAUGCCAGCCAGGGUGCAAACAUGGCGAAUGCAUUGGGCCAAACAAGUGUAAGUGCCACCCAGGUUACAUUGGAAAAACCUGCAACCAAGAUCUGAAUGAGUGUGGACUAAAGCCACGGCCGUGCAAACACCGCUGUAUGAAUACCUACGGCAGCUACAAGUGCUACUGUCUGAACGGCUACAUGCUUAUGCCAGAUGGAACGUGCUCGAAUGCCCUUUCUUGCUUGAUGGCAAAUUGUCAGUAUGGCUGUGAUGUGCUGAAAGGGGAAGUGCGCUGCCGCUGUCCUUCUCCAGGGCUGCAGCUUGGGCCUGAUGGCAGGACUUGCAUAGAUAUUGAUGAAUGUGCUACUGGGAGAGUUAUCUGUCCAAGAUUUAGGCACUGUGUCAAUACUUUUGGAAGCUACAUUUGCAGAUGUCACCAAGGCUUUGAUCUGAUGUACAUUGGAGGCAAAUACCAGUGCCAUGAUAUAGAUGAAUGUUCCCUUGGCCACCAUCAGUGUGGUAGUUUUUCACACUGUUACAAUACUCCAGGAUCCUACAAAUGCAAAUGUAAAGAAGGUUACAGAGACAAUGGAACAAACUGCAUACAAAAGCCGAUGACCAGGCCAACAGCUCGACCUACACCUGAACCAACAACUCGACCUACACCCAGAACAACGGCCCAACCUACACCUGGACCGACAACUCGGCUGACACCAAAGCCAACCACUAGAUAUGUGCCAGUGACAACAAGACCAACCACUAGAUAUGUGCCAGUGACAACAAGACCAACCACUAGAUAUGUGCCAGUGACAACAAGACCAACCACUAGAUAUGUGCCAGUAAUGACGCCAGUAGCGAGGCCUCCACCACCACCUCAACCUACAACAAUAAGACCUACACUACCACCACAAAGACCUCCUCUUAUAAUAACUGAAGAACCUUCACAAGUUCCCAUUGAAACUACAUCUUUGCAAGGAAUUAUAGAUGACAACAGGAUUCAGCCAGAUCCUCAGAAACCCCGAGGAGAUGUGUUCAUUCCACGCCAGCCUGGAGUGAGCAAUAAUCUGUUAGAAAUACUUGAAAUUGAAAGAGGGAUUACUGCCGAUGAAUUUGAAGCAAAUGAUGACCCAGGUGUGCUGGUACACAGCUGUAAUUUUGAUAGUGGACUGUGUGGAUGGAUCAAGGACAAAGAUGAUGACUUGCACUGGGAACCAGUGAGAGAUGAGUCAGGGGGACAAUAUCUUACCAUCUCUGAUCCCAAAGGCCAAGAAGGAAGAGCAGCACAUCUUAUCCUCCCCUUGGAUCACAUGGCUCAGGCCAGAGACUUGUGCCUGUCAUUCAGGCAUAAGGUGCCUGGACUGCAUUCUGGUGCCCUCCAAGUCUUUGUAAGGAAAAAUGGUGCUCAUGGACCAGCUGUUUGGGGAAGAAAUGGUGGCCAUGGCUGGAGACAGACACACAUAACUUUACGAGGACUAGGCAUCAAGAGUGUUAUUUUCAAAGGAGAGAAAGGGAAAGGAAGAACUGGGGAUAUUGGGCUAGAUGAUGUGAUCUUGAGGAGAGGACGCUGCUCUGAAGAGCAUUAGCAAAGACAAUGGACCAGCACGGUCAUCUCCUCUAGCCCUUCUUAUGGAAUUCCUACCAAGCUUUGAAACAGAACUGUAUGAAUAAGAAGAAAAAGUGGGAGAGCAACAACUUCUUAGUGGUCUUCCAAGUGCAAUCUCAUGGAAACUUCACUUAAAUACAUGGAGAGCACCUCCCAGGAUUCAGGAUAUCCAAUCUUAGACUGGUUCUUUCUAUUAAUCCUUACCCUUAAAUCAUAGUUUCUAUGUAAUAACUUUAUCCCCUAUUAAGUCUGGUGAGUGUUCACAGAAAGAGCACUCAUGAAAAAGGGAGAAUUAAUUACAAAUGGUGGCAAAAGAAAGCUCCAGCUCAAAGUUUAAGUGUUAACUGACAAUCAUUGUCUUCCCGUAGUGCUACUCUUUCAAUGAUUAGAUUGAUGUAGCUUGAGUCACACUGGAUCAGUGAAAGCCUGGACCUGAACUUUGGCUUACUGCCACUGACUUUUGAAGAAGGGUUUGCUUUAUAUCAAAUAGCAUUAAUUUUGCUGUUGCAUCUGUAUUAACAAAACCCAGUUAUAUAGAGUAGGCAUUGCAUCCUGUAAUAUGCUACUGCCGUGUUUUGUGUAUAUGUGUAUGGUUAACAUAUUUAUGUUUUUAAUAUUUACAGACUCUAGUUCCAAGGUAUUUGGCAGCUGUACUUUCUUAUUGUACAAGACAGGAGUUCAGCAUAGUCUUCAAUACUGCUGGUCAUGCCAAGUUACCAAAGUCAGUUAAUGGUGCUCAUUGAAAAACGCUGGUGCAGUUUUUCAUCUUGUAAUGUCCUGAAGGCAAAAGACCAAACACUCACCUGAUAUAAACUGGCAUCUGAUAAUGGUGUACAAGUUGCAUCUAGCUCAGAUGCAAGGCUCUCAGUCCUGCAAGAAUCUCCUGGUUCAGUUGAAGACUGAGCAGCCAGGAGAAGAUGAACUUGGAUCUUGUAAGGUGGAGCCUGUUGACGCCACCAGGAAUGUUCCCUUCCCACAGGUGGCACAAGCCUACACAUAAGCAAAAAGGGCAGCUGCAUUAGCACUGUGCGAACAAUUCAGACCGUGAAAUGCCUUGAGUGAUCUUUGUCAAAUGUGCAUAUUCCGUCCAAUCUUCUGUAUAUAAUAAGCAUUUUAUCCUUUAGAACUAGAACAACUAUUAGCUCUAGUUGGAAAAAAGUAUUUAUCAAAACUUUGGAUUAAUCUUUUAGUUAUGUAUCGUGCACAUGGUGUGCAGUUUCCCAGGGAAUUCUUUUGUUUGGUUUGGGAUUUUUCAAAUUGGCAUCAUCAUAAUCACUGCUAACAAUUCUAAAUUUGACGAAGUAAUUGUAACAUUUAAGAAAAUGAUAAGAGUGGUAAAAUGUCAUUAGUGGUGCAGCCUUAAAGCUUCAAAAUGUAUAUAUAGAAAAAAUAGGUCUCAGAUCUUUUGAAUAUUUAAAUACAGUGUAAAAUAAAUGUCAGCUGCACAUCAUGUUAUAAAACCAUCAUUAAAAAAAUACGUGUAAAGUCUCACACAAAGUCCACAGAGAUAAAAUUGCAAAACCAUCAGAUGUCAUAUUAGACAUUUCUGAUGAAGUACCACUUUGGAAAUACCUUUCCCAUUUCUCCCCUAGGACAAAGCACAGUGUGUAUAGCAGAAAUGUACAUGACCAAACAGGGAGUCUCCUGUAAAACUGUACCAGCAAACAUUUUGAAAAGGAAAAAACCCAAGGCAUUUGUAAACAUUAAAUUUUAAACUAUUUUGCUUCAAAUAUGAUCGUGAUCUUUUUUCUCUUACAUUACUUUGUGAUAUGUCAGAAAUAUUUGUGAAUAGUUGAAAUACCUUGUCUUUAUUUUAAAGUAAUCAGUAAAGGAGACUGUUACUUGCUA